GUACCAUGGGCACUUAUGGUCCGGAUUGUAAAGAAACCUGUGGCUUCUGUGCCGAAGGAAACGCUGUCUGUAACACCACAUCCGGGCACUGUCCCGACCGAGAACCACGAUGUGCAGAAGGGUAUUACGAGCUCUGGUGCAAAUCAGAAUUGCCCGUAAACCCUCCGAAUUACACGGGAGUCAUUGCCGGCAGUGCCGUUGGAAUCAUCGUUGUUUUGGUCAUCGGAGUCAUUGUCAUUGUUAUAUUGAUAGAGCGGGUCAUGGCUGAUUGGUCCUGUAUUUCAAUACACAAGGAGGAGGUUUCAGCGAAACCUACAAACAGGCGGCGCUACGCAGUCUGAACCAAACAGUGCUGCAGCCCAGGAGAGAUCAGCUCCGUCGGAAGUUGAAGAAAGAAAUGAAAUAUCCGAGCCAGAACGGAUGUAUGGUGCAUGGAACCAGAAUUCGGUAGAAGAACACCCUUAUGAAGCCAUUCGUCAGAACAGCCGUUGAGUUUAAUGGUAGAGCCGUGUGAUCAAGAUAAUCCACGAUAAAC